AUGAACAUCUCCGGGACUCUAAAUGUAUUCCGGCUGAUAUGGUCACCGACUCUUUGUCUGCCGCAACACACUGUUUCUACCUUCAAUCAUCUUCCUAUUCCCUUGUCCAAGGCAUUUCCAAAAACGGAUGGAGAAAAGCCAGUUGAUAUCAGGGCGGUAGUUCUGGAUAAAGACAACUGUUUUGCGGUUCCACAUGCCAAUGAAGUGUAUAAGUCUUACGAGUCCCAAUUCCAAGCUCUCCGCCGUGCCUACCCAGGCUCCAAACUCCUCAUAGUCUCCAACACCGCGGGGACCGACUCCGACAAAGACUAUGCGGAAGCCAUGCUACUUGAGAAGAACACAGGCGUAAAAGUCUUGCGCCAUUCCACAAAGAAACCUGGCUGCAAGUCCGAAGUCCUAUCCCACUUCCAGGCCGCCCCGGACUCAGGGGUAACCCACCCGUCUCAAAUCGCCAUCGUUGGCGACCGUCUCUUCACAGACAUCAUGAUGGCGAAUUUAAUGGGAAGCUAUGGUUUCUGGUUUGCUCGAGCAGAAGACAGUUUCUCCGGGUUCCUGUUAGGGAGGGGGUAUUGUGCUCCUGAUCCUAGGAGUGAGUUUGAGUGA